GUGAGGCUGGUCGGCCUUCAGAACCACGGUCAGCUCCCCUAGUCUCUCAGCGCCGUGGUCAGCCUGGGAAUACAGCAGUUGGAUUUACUAAUUUAUUUCUGCUGAAUAAAAUGAUGUGCAUGUGGUAUAGGAUAUAUUACAAUACUCACAGUAAUCUAAUAAUUUGAAUUUUUUAUAUUUAAAAGGAAGUGCAGACUAUCAAUUUCUGAUGGCCCUCCAACAAAAAAAUAGACUAAGCUAUUAUUAUUAUAAGGUAUUAUGAAGUCUCUCUAAAGCGAAGACGUUACAUCACUAAAGAAGAUAUUUCUCUAUUGCCUCUUUUUAAGACUUGGGAAACCCUGCAUGCCUGAGGCAAACUCUACUGUCCUCCACUUUCCCUCCUGUGGACUACUCUCUCCCUCUCUGGUAGGAGCGAUCAUGGGAACAUGAUUCUGUGAUAGCGGCUAUCAUCAGCUGUUGGCGCACGAGGUCUCCUAACACAAAACACGGUAGUGCGCCGAAAGAGAGUGAGACUGAGAGGAAGAGAGAGAGGGGGGCGGAGGCACCGCCAAGCCUCUCAUUCCGCUCGAGGAAGACGCCCAGCCCAUCAAGCAUCGCAGUUUGAGUGCCACACGGACAGGCUUAGCCGAUAGUUUGGAGAAAAUGGCAAAAAGAGAUGGAAAGCAAAUACAAAUUAUUAAAACAACAGCCACUGAUUUGUUUUUUGUUUUUAUAUCCCUCCACUCAAAUGAAGUAGCCAAAGGCUGUGGGAUUUGGGAUGAGGUCUGGUGAGCUAUUUGUGUGUCUGUUUGACUUGACACAGUUUCAGCAAAAGUGAUCUUCUAAACGUGGAAGGGACGAGGCAUGCAUAACGCGAGCCACCGCCUGGCGGAGAACGAGAGCGAGCGCGAGCGGCCGGCCGACACAAACCCGGAUUUACCCGGCACUCGCGCGCUAACCGGCUGUGUCCUCUCCGUGCUCAUCCUCUGGACGCUACUGGGAAACUUCACAGUGUGCGCUGCGGUGCUCCGUUACCGUCACCUGCGCGCCAAAGUCACCAACAUCUUCAUCGUGUCUCUGGCGUUGUCGGACCUCCUCGUUGCACUGCUUGUGAUGCCAUGGAAGGCAGCAGCAGAAGUGGCCGGGUUCUGGCCGUUCGGAGCGUUCUGUGACACCUGGGUGGCGAGUGACAUCAUGUGUUCCACUGCGUCCAUCUUAAAUCUGUGCAUGAUCAGUGUUGACCGCUACUGGGCGAUAUCCAGCCCGUUUCGCUAUGAGAGGAAAAUGAACCGCAGCGUGGCGUUCGUCAUGGUCGGAGUAACUUGGACGGUUUCCGUGGUGAUAUCCUUUGUGCCGGUUCAACUGCAGUGGCACAAGGCCGGGAUUACUGGAAUUACCGGAAGCGGCGACGAUCUUACCGGGGAUGUUACCAAAUUUAACGGCAGCUGGGUAAAUCAACUCCACAUGUUGGAAGAGCUAAACAGCGGUACUGUGGAACACUGGAAAUGCGACUCGAGCUUGAGCCGGACCUACGCCAUCUCGUCCUCGUUAAUCAGUUUCUACAUCCCCGUGGCGAUCAUGAUUGUAACAUACACGCGCAUAUACCGCAUCGCCCAGGUUCAGAUCCGCAGGAUAUCCUCUCUGGAGCGAGCCGCCGAACAUGCCCAGAACUGCCGCUCCGACCCGUACGUGGAAGUGGACGCGGAUGGCCACGUGCACGCCCUCCACGUGCACCCUCCCCGCUCCAAACACCGGUGCUCCAUCUUCCACCCGACCGCCAGCUCCCCAAAGAACUACCACCAUUACCACCACCAUUACCAUCAUCAAACCGAUGUUCCUCAGCCACACCGCGUCCUGAGGUACUCCAUCAGGAAAGAGACCAAAGUCCUGAAGACGCUCUCGGUCAUCAUGGGAGUUUUUGUCUUCUGCUGGUUUCCCUUCUUCAUCCUUAACUGCACCGUACCGUUCUGCCAAGAUCCAGGCAGACCAACAGUGUAUCACUCCUUCCACAGUAAAAGCCCUUCAUACUGCGUUAGUGAGACCACCUUUGACAUCUUCGUCUGGUUUGGCUGGAGCAACUCCUCCUUGAACCCCAUCAUCUACGCCUUCAACGCCGAGUUCCGGGAGGCGUUCCUCCGCUUGCUGGGUUGCCGCGGAGAUGUCGGCUGCUUUGGCGGCUGGACGACGAGCGCCACGCGAAUCGAGACCGUCGUGCUGGCGAGCAACGAGGCCGCCGCCAUCGGAUCGGGGAAGAAAAACUCGCUGAACGCGACAGAGUUGGGCGUGGCUUACAUUACAGGCUUUGGCGCCGGUAGGGGCGGUGUCACCUCCAGGGUUCUGCCCGACCCGGUCCGUGGUAGGAUGUUGCCGUCCCCGGCCAUAAACCGCAGGGAACUGGUAACGGCAUGUCAAACCGAGGUCCGCGAGAUUAGGCUCACCGUCUGUGGUGACCCCAUAGAUCCGGUAAGGGAGAACAGGGACGGCGGGGACGGCCUCUCGGCGACGGCGACGGAUCGCAGGGGAACGGUGCUGACACCGGAGCCCCUCCAUGACUGCCACGUGGAGAAACGUGACUCGAACACGACAGGAACUAAACCGCAGACUAAAAUGAUCCCCUCAAAUACUUUCUGACCAGCCUGCCAGACGUACUGAAGCGUCGACGUCUCUAGUAAUGUUAAUGGCCAGGACAGGUUUCACCAAGACGUCCACAGGCCAGUUUGGUGCAUGAAACAGUCGGGGGAAUUGAUUGAUGCAUGGGGGACAUACUUCCUGAAUGUCUUGUGUGUGUUUGCGGCUGGGUCGUGUCUUUGUUCUUUUGUUGUGUGUGUGUUUUGCCAACUCGACCACAGGUAUGUAAAGGUAUUGCAGAUCAGAUCUAACCUACAGUAGCUACGGUAACGAGGGAGGGAGGGCUACAGUGGUCAACACGGAAAACCACUACUCCCGUGAAUUAGGCUGCUGUCAGGGGGGUAUAUUCCAACACACAAAACGUUUCGGUUUCCUAAGCACGUGGCGAGAGUUUCUCUCGGACACAUUAAGGCAGGUUCCUCCGGGGUCUCAUCCUGUGUGACCAUGCGUUCCGCAACGAAAACCAGUAGAUAUUUUUAAACAGUGACAUGGGUAAACACUGCUAUGGGGGAAUUAUGUCUGAGCAUUUCUCUCUCACCUUGGACUUUGUCGACUCGGUGUCUUUUGAAGUGUUUAUUACUCACAAGCAGAGACACACAACCCUUGUUUUUUCAUUACACUCUUUUCCUAUCCAUCUACUACAAUGCUCACUCUCUCUCCCCCUCUCUCUCUCACCUCUCCAUCUCCCUCUCACUGUCUGAUCGCUCCCCCCCUCUC